AGAAAGCAUAUUCCUACAAAGAUUUGGGACUUCACCGGAAAUACAAAGCUUCUGUAGAGAGAAAAUCAGGGCUCUUAUAUGUAGUGAACUUCACUUCAUGAACCGAAAUGAUGAUGAUUCUUCUUCUUUAGCACAUAUAUAAGCAUAAUUUGUAUAUAUAUACAUGUAUGUGAAUAGAGGGAGGAGGAGUUGAUUUUUAAGAUCUGCUGUGGCAAUGCCUCAAAGGAAAAAUUCUACAAAUCAACCGCAGUCGCUGCCGUUGGUGGUGACGCUAAAUUGCAUUGAGGAUACGGUUUUGGAACAGGAAUGCUUGAUGGGAGUGGCGCGUGUGGAGCACGUGCCGCUGAGCCGAUUAGCCGACGCGCGGAUUGAGUCUGCGAUGGCAGUGCUGCUCCAUUCGCUUUCUUUCCUCCCACGAGCCGCCCAGCGACGCUUACGCCCUGGGCAGCUUAUUCUUUGCCUCGGAUCCUCCGACCGGGCUAUGGAUUCUGCCCUCGCUGCUGAUCUGGGUCUUGGCCGGCUUAUCCAAGUUGAUGUUAGCCGCGCUGAGGAGGUUGCUGAUACAGUCAUGGCGCUGAUUCUUGGUUUACUCCGGCGGACUCACCUCCUUUCGCGGCAUGCGCUCUCGGCUUCAGGGUGGCUCGGGUCUGUUCAGCCACUAUGCCGUGGAAUGCGGCGAUGCCGCGGUCUCGUUUUAGGGAUCGUAGGCAGAUCUGCCUCCGCGAGGUCCCUGGCUGCGAGGAGCUUGGCCUUUAAAAUGAGUGUGCUUUAUUUUGAUGUUCAUGAGGGAACUGGAAAAGUAAGUAGAUCUUCCAUUGCAUUCCCUCCUGCUGCUCGAAGAAUGGAGACUCUUAAUGACUUGCUCGCUGCAAGUGACCUUAUAUCACUACACUGUGCACUUACUGAUGAAACCGUUCAGGUUAUUAAUGCAGAUUGUUUGCAGCACAUAAAGCCCGGGGCAUUUCUUGUGAAUACCGGUAGCAGCCAGCUAUUGGAUGAUUGUGCUGUGAAACAACUUCUGAUUGAUGGUACCCUUGCAGGUUGUGCUCUGGAUGGUGCUGAAGGGCCCCAGUGGAUGGAAGCAUGGGUGCGGGAGAUGCCCAAUGUUUUGAUUCUUCCCCGAAGUGCAGACUAUAGUGAAGAAGUAUGGAUGGAAAUAAGAGAAAAGGCAAUAUCCAUACUUCAGACGUACUUCGUGGAUAAUGUUAUUCCAAAGAAUGCAGUAUCUGAUGAUGAUGAAGAAGGGGAAAGUGAGGUGGGAAAUGAACUUCAAUUGUGUCAAGAUAAUGUCAGUUCCUUCCAAGAUUCUGUUGGUGAGCGAGUGGGUGGAGAUAUUCACUUAACUGCAGAUAGUUCCCAGAAAAAGCUAGUAAAUCAGUCAAAAGAUACUUCAACUCAAAAUGAAAGUUCUGUUUUGUCUCAAAGUACUUCCAAUAGAUCUGAAGUAAAGCGAAGCAGAUCAAGUAAGAAGGCUAAAAAGAGGCAUUCCCACCAAAAGUCUAAGCACAAAGGAGAUGAUGCUUUGGCUUUUGGAAAAGAGAGCACAUCAUAUCAAGAAGAUGAUACUAAUAUGAGUGGCACGGAUCAAGGUUUGAGUUCUAGAUCACGUUUUGCUUCUCCUGAAGAUUCAAGAAACAGGAAGACGGCAAUUGACUCUGUUCAGGAAUCAACUUCCGAGAUGCUUUUGAAAUCAAGCAUUGAAAUGAGUAGGAAAUCUGGCGAACUGCUGAAAGAUGGUUAUGUUAUUGCUUUACAUGCUAGAGAUCGCCCUGCACUUCAUGUUUCAAAACAAAGAGUUAAAGGUGGUGGCUGGUUCCUUGACACUAUGUCCAAUGUAACAAAAAGAGAUCCAGCAGCCCAAUUCCUUGUUGUGCUCCGAAACAAGGAUACAAUUGGUUUGAGAUCAUUUACUGCUGGAGGAAAGCUAUUGCAGAUAAAUAGGAGGAUGGAAUUCGUCUUUGCUAGCCACAGCUUUGAUGUCUGGGAGAGCUGGACAUUUGAAGGUUCUUUGGAAGAGUGUAGACUGGUGAAUUGCAGAAAUCCUUUGGCUGUGUUGGACGUACGUGUAGAAAUUGUUGCAGCCAUGGGUGAAGAUGGAAUCACUCGCUGGCUUGAUUAAGUUGUUGAACAUUAGAACUGAUAGCUCACAACGCGUGCAGCAAAAUUUGUUUACGUUUAAGAUUUAUGAUGUUUGAGGAGACCUUGCAAGUCGAAAAGUAUUCCAUUGUCACGUUCAAAUCAGGAUUGGAAGAUUUUUUGUAUUGCUUGUAGAUGUCACACUUGAUAAAUUUGUUGUAGGUUAUGGGAGAGUUCUGUUGUUUAAAGCUUGUUUUUCGGUUGUCAAGGAGCUCCAAAAAGCUUCCAUUUUAAGAGGACCGGAAUAUUCUUGAUGUACAUAGGGGGUACAUAAGGGUGUCCAUUACACCCCCGUAUUGGUGUACACCAAGAAUAAUCCUUAAGGAAAAUAGUUGUUUUAUAUCACCAUUCACAUACAAAUUGAUGGAUAUGUCAAGAAAAAAGUGGGGAAGUUUUUUCAUUUUA